AUGGCAGUGAUGCAUACAAGAAAAUAUGAGGAUCAGAAUUCUCUAAAUGCAGAAGGAGCUGAAUUAGAAGCGCGCGGCGGGGCCCCGGGGGGGCGGGGCGGGGCGGGGCGGGGCCACCCGGGGUCGCCCCCAGGGGUCGCGGGGUCCUCCCCGCAGCGAAGAGGCGGCCCGGGGGCCGCAGCAGUUCCCACCUGCCGACGACAGGCUUUGCAGAAAAAGUCAGACCGGCUUAACAGCUAUCGCCGCCCCCAAAAGAUUAGGGUGGCCGUAGUUUUAGACCCUCCGUUGGCGGCCCGGAGCUUCAGGAGAUGCCGAGGCGCUUCCCAACACCCGCGCGCCUCAAGGCUCGUGACAUCUGCACACCCGGGUCCGCUCGUCUACGCUGCACGCUCGGUUCGCGAGGCGCUGCCCGCUGCGGAGAGCCUCGCUCGCUCCUCGCGCCGGGGAGCGGAGUCCAGGGGGGAGGCCGCGGCCCCGGGGCGGCUGCGGGGGGCGCGGGGGCAGCGGGGGGCGCGCCUCGGCCCCGCUCGCUCGGUGACGCCGGCUCCCCGGGGACCGGGGGACGCGCCUCCGCGCGGUCGCCGGGGCUUGGCAGGGCGUCUGCUGCCCCCCGUCGGCGGCCGGGAGAACCGCAGCCCGCGGUCCGCUCAGAGGCCCCGGGAAGAGGCCUCCCUCCCGCGUCAGAGAAUAUUCCAGGACUGCGCAGCGGCGAAGGGACGCCCGCCCAGCCCGCCCAGCCCGCCCAGCCCGCUCUGCGCGCUCCGCUCCGCCGCCCGCCCGCCCGCCGCGUCUCAGCGGGGCUUCGCCCCGGGGACAGCUGUGGCCCCGCGAGGGGACCCGACCUGCGCGGCCGCGGGGCGCGGGGUGCAGGCGGGCCGGGCGGGGUCCGGAUGCGAGACGGCCCGUUGGUUUCCAUCUGCCCCUCCGGGGGAGCCCUGGUCCUCAGCGCGGGGAGCGUUCAUCCGAGCUCGGCGUCGCGGGCUCCCAGGCCCCCGGAGCACCUGCCCCCGCCCGCCCCCCCCCCCCGUUAGCCCCCGAGCAGAGCCCAGCGACACCGCAGAAGGGACAAAGGCCACCGUCGCCCCGGGGAGCCGGGGAGCCGCCUCUGCCGUGCCAGGAGGGGCCUCCCGACGCGCGGGGCGACUGCAGCCCCCGCCAGGAGCGCCCGGGCGGGCUCCAGGAAGUACGACAGAUCCUGAGAAGGGGCCCCUGGAAGCCCGAGCCGCCCUCCGGGCCCUGACGCCGGCCUGCGGCCGCGCUCCCUCCGAGCCCCGUCGGUGCAGCGCUCGAGCCCCCGGACGCCGCCCGCACCGCCAGCGGCCUGGGGACGCGUGGCCUCACUGUCACAGGCUCGGGCUGAUCUCAUUUUUUUGCGUGUUUACUUUCUCCCACCCUGCGACCACUCGGCCACGCGCGCGCACUCACACACUCACACGCGCUGUCUGGACUUGCUCCCUCGUGUGCACGCCCGCGGCGGCCCCUUUCGGGAAGGCGGCAAGACCCAGAGGAACGACAGUGCGUGGGGGAAGGGAGGGGCCGCCUUCCAGGGAGACUCGGUGCCCGCGGGAGGGCCCCUCCGCCGGGGGGUCUUCCGGGCGGCCGCGGGGCAGGGCCGGGCCAGCCGCAGCUCCCGGCGCCCCCACGGCCCGGCGGCGGGAGGGCAGGGGAUGGGCCCGGGCCGCUGCCCGCGCUGCGGACGGCCGAGCCCGCGUGGCCGAGCGGCCGCAGGUGCCGCGGGCGCCCCCUCCCCUCCCCUCCCCUCCCCCUCCCGCCGCCCGGGGCUCCGAGGCCCUGCCCCCCGCCCCCCCCCCGGCCUGUGGGCGCGGCGCGCAGCGGGCCGGGAGGCGGCGGGGCUCGGCCACGGUCGCGGCGGCCGCCGGGCUCGGGCGGAAGCGCGGGCUCGGGAGGGGAGGGGCUGCGGCGCCCGGCGAGGCCCAGGGCGCUGCUGCGGCGGAUCCCGGGCGGCCCCGGGGCGGGCUCGGCUCGGGAGCCCCGCGCGCUGGGCAGGGCACCAAGCGGGGGAUGAAGGAAACAGCCCAACCCAACGGCAGUGACUUGAGCCUCUCGGGGCGGCAGGCGAGACGCGGCGCGGACCGUCCUCGGACGACGCGGCGGCGGCCCUGGAGGCUGCUCCCCGCCUCUCGCAGCGCACCCCCUCUAAUACUCCUGAGCACCUACCCCAACACCAACUCCCCACCGCCACUGCAAACACACACCGUACAGACGUACCCUGGGCUAUACAAGCGAUGA